CGCGAAGGCGGGACAAGUUGUUUAAAUCGAAGAAGACGGAUAAUUCUGUCGCAGGUUUUCAAAACAAUAAAACAUAAUGGCAGGUGGCAAAGCUGGAAAGGACUCCGGUAAGACCAAGACAAAGGCUGUUUCGCGCUCGCAAAGAGCGGGGUUACAGUUUCCCGUCGGUCGUAUCCAUAGACAUCUUAAAUCCAGGACCACGAGUCACGGUCGCGUCGGGGCAACUGCGGCCGUGUACAGCGCAGCCAUCCUGGAGUACCUGACUGCCGAGGUUUUGGAGCUGGCAGGAAACGCUUCCAAGGAUCUGAAGGUGAAGCGUAUCACGCCGCGCCACUUGCAGCUGGCCAUCAGAGGCGACGAGGAGCUGGACUCGCUCAUCAAAGCGACCAUCGCCGGUGGAGGUGUCAUCCCCCACAUCCACAAGUCUUUGAUUGGGAAGAAAGGACAACAGAAGACCGUUUAAUCUGCUUGCAGGCGUGUAGUUUAAGCUUUCUCAGGACAAGUGUUGCUUUGAAAUGGUGUUUCUUUGUUCUUAAGGAUGUAUUGCUUUGUCAUUGACUUGAUGUUAUGAGCGUCUGCUCAUUUAUGGGGUGUUUUAAACAAAAGUUGGCUUCAAAGAAGCUUUUUACUUUAAGCUUGACCUAGGGUACUGUAGCUGCUUUGUGUACACUGUUGAACACAAGUCAGAGACUGAUCGGUGGUGACAUUUGCUUUAAAUCCUAAUGGUUUGGUGUUGUGUAUUGGAAUAAAACUCAGUGCCCUCUUUCUCUACUAUUUGUUCAUUUCCUGUGGUCUUCCUCUUUUUUUUUGGGAGGGGGGGCAUGCUUCUUGCAUGCUCAUACACCUUUGCAUUCAC